AUGGAGAGAGGAACCCCGGGGAAAACUCUCCAUGCACAAUGGGCCGUUGUUUCUCUUCGGAAGCAACCUUGCAGCAGGGGAAGAUGCGUUUCUGGAGAUCUGGAAGAUGUAUUUCUGGAGAACCUCAACCGAGAACGUGUCUUCCAGGAUCUGCUAGUCGGAGGCAAUCAUUUCCACGGGGACAGGAAGCGCCUGUCCGGGAACUUUGAUGGAUGGAGGAGGCUGGGCGCCUUGCCACCCAGGGGGAGGGUGGGCCUGGCCCAGAGCAGCUGCUUGGGUGAAGCGACAAGAACGCCAGCUGUGCUCACAGACAGCAGUGUCGGCGGAGGGGUCUCUUCGUCCACUUCAUGGAGCACCAUUUCCAAUAUGGGCCGGCUCUUCCCCAGGAAAGGCCACAUGCCAAUCCCAGUGAGAAGUGGGGGGCCCUUCUUAGUUGUUGCUCCUAACCCUCUUCCCCCUCCACAGCUGUUCCUCGAGACCCUGCCGCGCCUCUUGCGCAUGUCCCAGCCUUCCGACGGCGAGCCAGAGCCGAAAGAGGGCCUGCUGAUCCGGCGCAGCAGCUCCGUCGGCUACAUCAUCAAGGCUGAGGAAUACUUCACCGUCAAGUCCCGCAGCGAACUGAUGUUCGAGAAGCAGUCAGAGAGGCAUGGGUUGGCCAGCCGGGUCACCCCCGCAAGGCCAGACCCCCGCGGUGUGGGUAGCAUGGAGGAACAGCUAUACAACGAGAUCAAGCCAGCGAUUGCUGGGGCCAAUUUCAUCGUGAAGCACACGCGAGACAAGAACGAUUACAACGAGGAAAAGGACUACUGGAACCGUAUCGCUCGCACGGUGGACCGCCUCUGUCUCUGUUUGAUCACACCCGUCCUGAGCCUCGGCACUUUAUGGAUCUUCUUGAUGGGCUCCUAUAACUACCCCCCACCCUUGCCCUUUGAGGGGGAGCCUUUUGACUUCCGGGAAGAGCACAAGCACUUUAUCUAGAGCCAGGGCUCUUGGCUACUUCGCAGGAGGACGGCGGCGCCCACUCACCAACAUCCGUUCUCCUCCUUACCUGAGGGAGGGUCUUGAGGUGGGCGGGGGGGGGGUAGAUCAUCACCUUUUCCUUCCUUCAGCUGCUCCCUAUGAUCCAGUGUGCUGUAUUUCUAAAUUAUUUCUACGUCUCUGUCUUAUCCCCUUUGGUGUAAUAAACACAGUCUUUCCCA